GCAAGCGCACAAAGCCGCUCUGGCAACGCUCCGCAGCGGCCGCGCGCACCCUUCACCCCGCUGGCUGAUUUUGUCUCGCGCAACCUUCUUAGGCCCUCCGCAAGAUCAGCCCUUCUUUUCCUCCCCUUUCCCCACCCGGAGAGCCAGGUUCCGAGAGCCGGGACCCUGCCCCUUUUCCGUUUCCCUUCCCCUGACCCACCUCUCCUCUGUCCUCCCUCCCUUUUCGGUUCCCGGAGCCGGAAGGAGCCGAAGUGCCGACGGAAAAAGUCGAAGCUGCCUCCCGUGAGUGAAGCCUUCCCGAAGCGGUGGCGGAAGGAGCCGAAGUUCUCCGAGAGGGGAGGAGGGUGCUCCUGGAAUCUCCGGAAAGAGCCGAAGUUUGGAAACGAGCUUAAUCUCUGGCUGGGUCCGAGGGCGAACUCCGGAAACCUUCGGAAAGUGACGAAGUCCUGGACGGUUAGGAUUGUCGGAAGUAGCCGAUUGCUUGGACAGGGCCGGCGGAGAAGAGCGGGGAGAAUCUGCGCAAGCAGUCAAAGACUGGGCCAAUUUGAAUUUUCGGAAGAAGCCGAAUUCUUAGAGGGGGCUGGGUGCAGAGGAACGCGAGGAUCUACGGAAACAUCCGAACGUUGAAGAGCUAAUAUCCGAAAAGUUACGAAAACCUGGGAAGGCGGCGAAACCAUCGCUUCGGGUGUUUUCGGAAGCAGCCGUAGCUGCUGCUCCCGAGGCUUUCGUCUACGGUCCGGAAAUAGCCGACGCGUUUCGGAGCCAGGCCCGAGGGGGGAGGGGCACCUCGCGGGCGCGCAGGCGGGGAGAGGGGCGGAGCCGGGGCGGGGCGGGCGGCCCGGGCUUGAUUAGGUAGGAGGCGGUGGAGCGCCGGCGGCGGCCGGAAGUAGCCGAAGCAAGCAGCGGAAGUAGCCGAAGCGGCCGGAGCGGGCGCGCGGCAAGGCGAGGCGAGAGCUGCACAGGGCCCUACGCGGCCGCCUCAGCAUGUCGGACUUCGACGAGUUCGAGCGACAGCUCAACGAGAAUAAGCAAGAGCGUGACAAGGAGAACCGGCACCGGAAGCGCAGCCACAGCCGCUCUCGAAGCCGGGACCGCAAGCGCCGCAGCCGCAGCCGGGACCGGCGCAACCGGGACCAGCGCAGCGCCUCCCGGGACAGGCGGCGCCGAAGCAAACCUUUGACCAGAGGCGCUAAAGAGGAGCACGGUGGAUUGAUUCGUUCCCCCCGCCACGAGAAGAAGAAGAAGGUCCGUAAAUAUUGGGACGUGCCACCGCCCGGCUUCGAGCACAUCACCCCCAUGCAGUACAAGGCCAUGCAAGCUGCCGGGCAGAUUCCAGCCACCGCCCUUCUCCCCACCAUGACCCCUGACGGUCUGGCUGUGACCCCGACGCCGGUGCCCGUGGUCGGUAGCCAGAUGACCAGACAGGCCCGGCGCCUCUAUGUGGGCAACAUCCCCUUCGGCAUCACUGAGGAGGCCAUGAUGGAUUUCUUCAACGCCCAGAUGCGCCUUGGGGGGCUGACGCAGGCGCCCGGCAACCCUGUCUUGGCAGUGCAGAUUAACCAGGACAAGAACUUUGCCUUCUUAGAGUUCCGCUCAGUGGACGAGACCACGCAGGCCAUGGCCUUUGAUGGCAUCAUCUUCCAGGGCCAGUCGCUGAAGAUCCGCAGGCCUCACGACUACCAGCCUCUGCCUGGCAUGUCGGAGAACCCCUCUGUCUAUGUGCCUGGAGUCGUGUCCACCGUGGUCCCGGACUCUGCCCACAAGCUGUUCAUCGGGGGCUUGCCUAACUACCUGAAUGACGACCAGGUAAAAGAGCUGCUGACAUCGUUUGGGCCUCUCAAGGCCUUCAACCUGGUCAAGGACAGUGCCACAGGGCUCUCCAAGGGCUAUGCCUUCUGUGAGUACGUGGACAUCAACGUCACAGAUCAGGCCAUCGCGGGGCUGAAUGGGAUGCAGCUGGGGGAUAAGAAGCUGCUUGUCCAGAGGGCAAGCGUGGGAGCCAAGAAUGCCACGCUGAGUACCAUCAACCAGACCCCCGUGACCUUGCAAGUGCCUGGCCUGAUGAGCUCCCAGGUGCAGAUGGGUGGUCACCCGACUGAGGUCCUGUGCCUCAUGAACAUGGUCCUGCCCGAGGAGCUGCUGGACGACGAGGAGUACGAGGAGAUCGUGGAGGACGUGCGUGACGAAUGCAGCAAGUACGGGCUCGUCAAGUCCAUCGAGAUCCCCCGGCCCGUGGAUGGCGUGGAGGUGCCCGGCUGUGGAAAGGUGCGUGGGAGCGCGCGUGUGCGUGAGGGCGCUCUC